AUUAGUAUGAAUACAUAGUUGCGCGCCACACCCAACAUCAUGUGAUUAAUUGGAGCUGUAGUAACAAGGAUCUCACAAUGGCUUUCAGCUUUGGUAAAAUGGCUCAAUCCAGCUCUGGAGGCUAUGACUACCAGUUUGUGGAGGAGCCCUCUGAUGACCUCAAGUGUCUGAUUUGCCUGUGUGUGGCCAGGGACCCUCAACAACAUGGGGACGGGGGCUGUGGGAAAAUCUACUGUACUAGCUGUAUCGAUAAACACAAGAAGACGAAUAACAAGUGCCCAAACUGUCGGAAAGUUAUGACUACCUUCAAAGAUGAAAGGAGUACUAGGGACAUCCAGUCAUUGAAAGUUGAAUGCAUCAAUCUUAAGGAUGGUUGUCAGUGGGUGGGUGAGCUACGAUAUGUGGACGAGCACCUCAAGACAUGUGACUAUAUCAAGCUGCCCUGCCCUAACAAUUGUUGGGGUGGAAAAAAAGCCAAUCUUUUUGAUUUGUUUGCCAGCAGUUUGAGAGGAGAAAAGGAACAAUUGUUUCGUAAAGACCUCCAGAGGCAUCUUGAGGACAGGUGUCCACGUCGUCAGUACAGCUGUCCCCACUGCCAGGAGAUCAGUGAGCACCGAGAUAUCACUGGAAAGCAUACUGUGAUUUGUCCCAAGAUGAUCAUUGGUUGUUCGAAUACUCCUCACUGCAAGGCAAGGUUUCCACGAGAAAGUAAACACGCCCAUCUCUCCACCUGCCAGCAUCAAAAAGUGGCUUGCAAAUACAGUGAGUUUGGGUGCAAAAAGAUGCCAUUUCGAAAAUAUCUCCAAGAUCACGAGAACGACGACAAUGCACACCUCCGUAUUGCCAUGACAACGGUGCUGACGCUAAAAAAACAAUGCAUGCUAAAUGCACAAUUACAUUGUUCUAACAUGACGAAUCAGUCAAGUAUUGCUUUUAUUUUCAAGAUGCCCUCUUUUAAACAGAAAAAAGAAAACAAUAUCGACUUUAACAGUGAUCCAUUCUAUACCCACCCCAGAGGAUAUAAAAUGGUCAUCAGCAUUGAUGCGAAUGGUUACGGGGAUAAUAAAGGCACUCAUGUCUCAGUGUGGGUUUAUCUAAUGAGGGGAGAAUACGAUGAUCAACUCAAGUUCCCGUUCAAAGGCACUAUCAAGUUUGAGCUACUCAAUCAGCUGGAGGACAAGAAUCAUCAUUGUAAGUCAUACACACAUGAUGGCACAGACGAUGGUAGCAAGAGAGUAAUCGAUGGAGAGAGGUCUGAUACUGCAGAAGGUGAGCCUGCAUUCAUUCCUCACGAAGACCUAGAACACAACGCCACCAAGAACUGUCAGUACCUCCAGGAUGACUGUCUAGUGUUUCGAAUCUCCGUUGAUGUGCCGUCCUACAAACCAUGGUUACUGUGCACCUAGCUAAUAAAUGCACAUUAUUAUGAGUACUUAUCAAACUCGUUACAAUCAUAAUUAUGUAAUAACUAGAACAAAAGCUGAAUAUAUAGUUAACGUACAUGUAUACAUCUUAAAUUGUUAAACAUGUUGUUUGUAGACAACCAAUAAUUUUUGUGAGUCUAGCGCAGAUAACGAGUACAUUGAGUGAUGCUCUUACUA